AUGACAAGAUAUGAAUUAAGUAACUUCAUUAAAACUAAAAUACCUGAUGUAAAACUGACUGAUAUACAAUCAAAUAGAAAUGGUACACUAACAAAAUUCGCUAGUGAUGUUUACAGCUAUAAUAAGAUACUGUUAGAAUUAGCAAAACAUAAAUACGACAAUGCCAACUACGUCAAAGUAUACACAUCAAGAUCCACAGAAAAAGUGACUCAAACGGACAAGCAGGCAUUUUUAAAGAAUGUCGACGUAGAGAUUGCAAUACAAGAGAUCGAAGCAGCACUUAAAUCUUCAGAAUUUGACAUUGACACAGUAGAACGUUUAAAAAAUUAUAAAAAAGACGGAGAUGGAACCACGUGUAAUGCACAAAAUCAACAAAUUAAAUGCAAAAAUUAUAAUGGACAACAUCUAGUAACUUUUCUGCCGUCAACAUUUUCAUCCUCGAUGCCACAAAAUGCACAUUGUGAUGUGGAAUUUGCAAUCGAAGAAGAAGAGAAUGAUUCAACUAAUAUAGAUGAUAAUAAAGAUAAUGAUGAUGAGAAGAGCAUUGAGCUAGACGAACCAUCUACAUCAACAACUACUAACUACGAUAUAACGGCUGCCUCGUUACAUGAAACAAAUUUACAUCAGAAACAGACUCACAUUAUCAAAUUUUAA